ACUCCCUCAGUUGUAGCAACUGAGAAAACUACUACUAAAGCUCCUGUUCAGAAAGUCACCGCUCCUCGUCGUAGUGGGAGGGUUUCAACGAAACCAUCUCGUUAUGGCUUGGAUGGUGAAAUCAAUAUGGUCGUUGGUGACGGUAUUGAUGACGACCCAUUGACCUAUAAACAGGCAAUGGCAAGUCCGCAACAGAAGCGAUGGUCAGCCGGUAUGGAUUCAGAAAUGGAUUCCAUGAAGAAGAACAAAGUCUGGGAAUAUGUAGAACCACCUGAAGAUUUUCGUCCAAUUGGAUGUAAAUGGGUCUACAAGAAGAAAAGAGGUGCUGGAGGCGAAGUCGAAACUUUCAAAGCUAGACUGGUCGCCAAGGGUUAUACCCAAAGAGAAGGUGUGGACUAUGAGGAAACUUUUAGUCCUGUUGCCAUGCUCAAAAGGCAAAGGCUUCAGAUUUUAACAUCUCUGUACAAGUUUUUCACAGCAUUAUUCUGA